AUGGAGCGUGCUGCCGAUGCACGCAGAGACAUUUAUGAACUGUGGAGCAGCACUGCAAGGGCAGAGGAGCAUGUGCAAUCCUCGGCCACAUCCAUGUCAGCAAACGAGACGGCAGCAGCAGAGGCCAAAGCGGCAGAGGAGCGCUGCGAAGCGGUGGCGAGACUCUUAGACAAACACAAGCUCGACCCAGCGACACCUCGCGAGGAGGAUGUUAGCCGCGGACUGGGUGAUGCGCUUGACCGCUUACUACUCCUUUGCGUACCACUGUCAUCGAGGCACGGCACGGACCUUUUAGUGAAGCUUAUGCAGGUUUCUGCUCGACAGGGCCGGCAGUUCUCAAUGCGGACCAUUCAGCAUCUGUUUGCACGCACGAACAGCUACGCUGAAGCUCUCGCAGUCUUUUACGCGAUGCGACGCAGCAACUUUGCGAUGAGCAUGGAAGCGUACCAUGCGAUGCUCUAUUCCCUGCAGCGUCUCGAGGAGGAGGGAUGGGCGGCACGCUUCCACGAAGAAUUCACUGCUUCGAACGGGGAGGCCAUCUCUGAGCAGGCGCUCGACUUUGUUCUGCGCGGUGUCGACAAUCAGUUGAUGCCGGAGAACAAGCCAUGGCUGGGUCGCAUCAUGUUUGCAGAGGUGAAGGAUAACGUGGCUACGCAGCGGCAGUCGAUGAAGUCCUUUGAUGAGAUGGGGCAACUGUGGGUGCAGCGCUACAAGAAAGGUGGGCCCGCCCCAGAAUAG